CUAUAUAAACCCAUCUAAUGUUAUAGCUUCACACUUGUUCUUCGUAAACUUUUGUGAACGUCCUGUUGCAAGCUGAAAGGCGACAUCUCACCCCUCCUCCAGUCUUCACCCUGACCAGGGUCAUCACAAAGAAACGGCAAGAUGUCUGAGAAAAAGAUGACAUCCAGCCGUAGGCACCAUCUGAAGAGCUUGUUGCUUCAGAUUGCCCACGAUCUUUUAGAGGAAGAGGCAGCUGAGGCGGAGCAGGAAAAAGAGACAUACAUGCAGGAGAACUGCCCUCCACUUACACUGCCUGGAAGCAUGCAAGAACUCCAGGAACUGUGUAAGAAGCUGCACCAUCAGAUUGAUAUCAUUGAUGAACAAAGAUACGAUAUGGAGAGCAAAGUGGCCAAAUCAAACAAGGAGAUUGAGGAUCUGAAGAUAAAGAUUCAAGACCUAAAGGGUAAAUUCAAGAAGCCCGUUCUGAAGAAAGUGCGCAUGUCUGCUGAUGCCAUGCUGCAGGCACUGCUGGGCUCUAAACACAAAGUGUCCCUGGACUUAAGAGCCAACCUUAAACAGGUCAAGAAAGAGGUUAAAGAGGAGGAGAAAGAGGCAGUGGGAGACUGGCGUAAGAACAUCGAGGAUAAGGCUGGUAUGGAUGGCAGAAAGAAGAUGUUUGAGUCCGAGGCCUAAAUCUCAACAAUUUCACAUUAGAUUUAUUUGGUUAGGUUGUCCUAAUGUAUGUGGUCUUCAGGGUUUUGAGGGAUAAAACAUGUCAAAUUCCUUCAUGUGAUGUAAUAAUGUUACAGAUGGUUUAUACAGGUAUGUAUAAGGGGGUUUUAAUGUAUGUGAGGGUUGGAUUUUGUAACUGAUGCUUUAAUGUCUAAAUUUUCCAAAAGUAGAGAAUUACUACUAAAUGAUUGCCUAAUAAAUUGACAUAGAUCAGUAAAACCUAUUAAAAAACUUAUUUUGAAAAACUAAGAUUUAUGAAAGGGAUUUGAUCAAAAGAAAUAAAAAACACAU